CUUCUGCAUGACGCAAAUGUUCCGAAACGAAACGCAUUCUUCCUCACCAUGUAAAUAAUAUUAAUUGGAGAACGCACAAUGCGCAUCCCUCUCUUUCGCAUAUGGUAUAGCACCACCUAUACCGUUAUCUUCUUUAUCCUAAUAAUCCUCCUCGCCGUCACACCCGGAGACACCAUAUACCAAUCGAUCCGCGUCAAAGAGCUCCAGAAACUAUUCGUAAUCGGCGGUGCAUACGUCUUGACCUUUCUCAUUGUGCUCCUAGUGUACUCGACGCGCAUAUAUACAAACAGAACAGUCCUCGCCGCGAUACCGAAGCCCUAUGUACCGAUCGAAGAUGGAGAAGUCGGAACGAUGGUUAGGAAGAUGAUCGUGAAGGCACUCAAGAGAAGUGCAAUUAUAGCCUGGGACUCACGACCUCGAGACCUUAGUAGGACUGUGAAAGACGUAGCUGUCGAGGAGGAACGACCGAUGACCGCAGAGCGCGACCGCAAGCGUUGGAGCCAUGUUAAGGCGGCCACGGUGAUACCUGUAUCCGCAAAGUCACCACCAUGGGGUCACAUAUCUCACUCAGGCUGGGCUUCCCCUUCAUCACCCGAUCUUCCGAGUCUGCAGUACUGGAAAGUUGUCACCGAGCUGCCCAACCUUAUCGAAGCAAAGGCCGUCGCAUUGGCCCCGCCAGACCCGGCCGUUGACAGUCCAUUCCAUCCUCGCGACAAUGGACCGAUGUUGCCAGAUGCUAGUGUCGUCGCACUUCUUCAAAGACCACGUACAAUGGGGUUGCGCCAGUAUCUCGGUCGUCUCUCGUCGUUCGGACUCAUCAAUCCCCCAAAUCUCGGCCCAGACUUCCUCUCACAAUACGAGUAUGCGCGUUUCUCUACACAGGCCCUCACCGAGACGGAAUUUCGAGACAUCAUGGCAGUAUUCGCGGACAUACUCAAUGGCAUGACACAUCUGGAUCCCUCGGUCAUUGAAGAAGCCAGAGCAGCAAGUUUUGGUUCAGACACACAGAGUCUUUCAUCCUCAAUAUCGUCGGAUUCUUCCGGGUUGCCCGUGGACUGGCGCACACCACGGGUUCAUCCACGUUCCGACUCCAAUCGCAGUAGUCAGGCAUCACCUUAUGGCCAUGGGAGCGAAAGCCCACAGACAUUGCGAACCGCACCAUCGAUGCACCGGAACGUCAGUUCUAGUUAUUAUACAUUGCCGAGGUCACCCUCAGAGAGGUCCUUCGCUUCUGGAUCCGUCAGAAGGCUAUCAAUCCAACGGAGUCCCUCAACCAUCUUACCGAACUCAUCAUCUUCCUCCCUAAGGUCUGCAAGGUCCGUCGUACGAUUGCGCUCGGAGUCUGCAGAGGGCGAGCUGCCGUAUCAGUACGAUAUUACCAAUAGGUGAAGGAUUCCGAAGUCCUCACUCUUGAUCAGACCGGAACGCAUCAAGACAGAAGCUAAAUCCAAACAACCACGGUUGGCCCCAGCAGGAGUUGAAUCAAUCACAACGCACUCUACAUGAGAAGGAGCAUAGUGUUUGGUCGCCAUUGAAAAAUUCCAUGAUACCCCAUAAUUUAUUGAUAGUAUACUUUAAUCUAAAUGUUGCCCUUGACAUGGGCACAAGUUAAUAGAGUAAUGCAUGUUUC